CGAAGAACCUAUCAAGCCUCGGUCUCGAUUCGACUCGUUAACCCAUAGUUGUGUUAAUAGUCUACUCUUAAGUCUUAAUACGCUAGUCUUCCGGAAGAACAGAGUAAGUGCCAAAAUGUCGAAAACCUUCGCAACAUUUGAUCUCCAACAACUCACACAGUUAUCUCAACCAAUUCGUGAAUUACUUUCAACAACACCUUACAAUCCCUCAGAAUCUCACGAUGUUUGUAUCAAAACUUUCCUCGAAUCACUUCUUCCUCCCAAAACCUUCGAUAACAGCAAUAUCCGAUCGAAAAUUAGGGAUUUCUCUCUCUGUUGCGCAUUACUCUCCUCUUCAAACCCUAAAAAUUCAUCUCACAUUAGCUGGAUUUCUAAUAAACUCUCAAUCGCUGCGAAUUCGGCUUUUCGAGCUCUUUCGGAAUCCAUUUACGGCGAUUCUGAUGAUAUUUUGAGUUCGGAGAAGAAAUUGGUGAUCGAAUUGAUGCCAGAUGUACUCCCUUUGAUUAAGAAUAUCAUCAAGGAGAGUUCCAUCAAUGGUGACAGUGAUGAAAUAUCUGCUGCGUCUGCUAGGACUCCUCUUGCGUACGCCAUUGUUGCUGCUUAUCAGCUUAGAUGGUUUGUCUCACAGGUUGAGCAUCCGCAUUUGGGUGAAAUGUGUGCUUUGAUUAUUCCGUGUGCGCUUACAGCUCUUGAUCAUUGGUCUUCUGAAGUUAAAGGGAAGGGUAUGUUGAGCUUCAUACAUAUAGCUAAAAAUGUUAAUGCUGCUGAGCUUGGUGGAUAUGGAGAAGUGAUUCUUGAUGCAUGUUCAAAUAUCGUUUCCAGUGAUGAAAAUUGGCAAUAUGGUGUUGAGAUGUCUGUACUUCUUGUGACUUGUUUGCAGAGAAAUAACCCCCGUAGCCCCUGGUUUGAGAAGCUUUUAAACGAGAUGCUAGGUCAUUUGGAGCGCCAUCCUAGGAAUAAGGAUCACCGUAUUGCAUGGCUGGAACUCAUUGAACCAUUCUUUUGCUGUGUCGGGCUUUUUCUGCUAGCUCACUUCAGACGUUUGUUUCCCCUAUUCUUCAAAUGGAUGCAUGCAGAUGACGAUGAAACUGUUUUGUUGGUUCUUUCAAGGAUCCGUGCAGUUGUAAAGUUGACAUGGAUAAGGAGCAGUCCGUACACUGUAAGAUUAGUGGAUGAACUGGCCAAUUUAUUCAAGGAGGCUGCUACGAAAAGUGCUCGAGAGGAGAUAAGAUUAUGUAUAUGUCAGAUAUUAAUCCUGCUUCAGCGAUGCAAAGGACUACAAUUUGAAUUGACUUGGGAAAAGCACAAGGAUGAUCCAAACUUGACGAGUCUUGUUCAGUCCAUUGGUGGAAAGGCCACAUCAGUCAUCCAAUGAAUAUGAAAGUUCCUUUGCACUCAGGGGGAUGAAGCAUUUUUAAGAAAACAUGGUAACACAAAGGCACGGCCAAGGCUUCGUAUAUUGGAGCCCUGGAGAAGUUGGCACAUAAGUCAGAUAGGGUUUGCAAUAUAAAGAGGCUGGUUAGAUUGGCGGACUGCGUUCAGGAUAUGCUAUGUCUCGUACUCGAGUACCAUCUACAUGCUCUAGUUAGUUAGCUAAAUUCCAGGAGGGCUAUCUCCCUUUUAUUUUCUUUGACAUCUAAGGGACAUGGAUAUCUUUCGUUCGUGCUGGCGUUAGUUGUGCUGGUGUUUAGCUGCUUAGCCUCCAAACAUUUUGCUUUGUUAUAGUAGUAGUUUUGUAGAUAUGCAGUACUCAUUCAGAUUGGAUGAUGUUUAAUUGUAGAGCUAAUUUAGUAUGAAGUAUAAACAAUGACAUUUCUCAUUUUCUCUUGAACCAGUUACCUUUUGAAAAUUUGAAAUUGACAGUUUGGACUCUUUUCAUGUUA